GCCAGUUAUUAAAUAAAGAGCUCCAGAUUAUCCCCGCCGUUACCGGGGUUCGCAUUGAUAUGAUUAUCGUGAAUGGUGACCCCUCAUGUGCUCAUCACGUCAUCCCGGCCCACUGUGGUGCUACACCAGCAUGUUGAUCGACCUUCAUUUAUAACUAUCAGCGGUCGGAGCUUGUUGUCUAUUUAACUGCUACUUUGUCAACAUUGCCGGCCUGUCUGAACCGACUCCAAAGGCAACUCACUGUAUUUUCAUUCCGCAAACAGCGCAUACCUCACAAUGGCAACCGAUAACCCCGCUCGGCCACGCAAAUCGCUCAUCCUCAAUGCAUUCGUGGAAAUGUGCAGCGGCCACCAAUCCCCAGGACUGUGGCGACACCCCGAGGACGAAUCGCACCGAUUCAACGACCUCGACCACUGGACCGAGCUGGCCAAACUCCUCGAAUCCGCCAAGUUUCACGGCAUCUUCAUCGCCGACGUCCUAGGCGGCUACGACGUAUACAAAGGCCCUCGCAAUCUCGACCCGGCCAUCAUAUCCGGUGCUCAAUGGCCCGUCAACGAGCCUCUAGCAGUCGUCCCCGCCAUGGCAGCCGUGACACAGAACAUCGGCUUCGGAGUGACAGUCUCGACGACGUACGAACAACCCUAUCAUCUCGCCCGACGUCUAUCCACCAUUGACCACCUCACCAAGGGCCGAAUAGGAUGGAACAUCGUAACCGGCUACCUCGACUCCGCAGCCCGCAACCUCGGCCACACCCAACAACCCCAGCACGACGACCGCUACGCCCAAGCCACCGAAUACAUCAACGUGACCUACAAACUCUGGGAAUCCUCCUGGCGCAGCGACGCCGUCCUCCUCGACCGCGAAACAGGCAUCUACACCGACCCGAGCCGUAUCCGACCCAUAAACCACGUCGGAAAAUACUUCACCGUCCCCGGCCCACACAUCUGCCAACCCAGCCCGCAACGCACCCCCGUGAUUCUCCAAGCCGGAACCUCCAAAGCAGGAAAAACCUUCGCGGCAAAACACGCCGAAGCGAUUUUCGUAGCGGGGCAUUCACCCUCCGUCGUUGCCAAAAACAUAGCCGAGAUACGGGCCCUGGCGGGGGAAUACGGACGAGAUGGGGCGAGUAUCAAGUUCCUGGCGCUGUUGUGUCCCGUGUUGGGACGGACGGAGGAAGAGGCGAGGGAGAAGUUCAAGUAUUUUAGGAGUUUGGGGUCGGUGGAGGGUGCGUUGGCGCUGUUUGGGGGUUGGACGGGGAUUGAUUUGGAUAAGUAUAGAGAUGAUGAGGAGUUGAGGGGGGUGGAGAGUAAUGCUAUUCGAUCUGCCGUUGAGGGCUGGUCAAAGGCUACGCCGGAGGUGGAGAAAUGGACCAAGGAGACGGUGGGGAAGCAUAUCACUGUUGGAGGACUGGGGGCUACGCCGGUGGGAACGCCGCAGCAGGUGGCGGAUGAGAUGGAACGGUGGGUGAAUGAGGCGGAUGUGGAUGGGUUUAAUUUGGCAUAUGCGAUCAAACCCGGCUCGUUCAAGGAUAUUAUUGAGUUGUUGAUUCCGGAGUUGCGCAAGAGAGGGCUUUUCUGGGAGGAUUAUGCCGUGAAGAAGGGUACGUAUCGGGAGAAUCUAUAUGGGAAGGAGGGGCAGACUGGUCCGCCGGAUGAUCAUCCGGCUGCAAAGUAUCGGUGGCAUGCGGGGGUAGAUGCGACGGAGCAUCAGAUUCCGGAGAAUUGAUUCAGUGAUGGUGAGGUUGAUAUGUAGAAGAGAGAGUUUAAUACAAUGCAUAGCAUAUGACAGAG